UUUGUCUUUGAAGUUUUAGGAAAGUUAUUGAUCAGCAGUUACAGACAUCUAUUUUAACAUAUUGGAUCGAUUCAUUUCAUUUUUCUUGCAGCAGAAUUUUGAUUUUGAGAUUGGUAGAAAUUGGUAACCUAUUUGAAAGUGUUAAAAGACUAUUUGAAGUCGCUAAUGGGGAAUGGGAAGUAUCUAUUGGACCUGCAAUGCUUACUGACCUUUCCAGCGUGCACACUGUUAAUAUUAAAACUUUGAUUAGAUUCCGGUUUUUAGUGCCGAGUGGGCUUUAGAAGGGACGCCCUGAGACAAACUGUACUGUCAGUUACAUUGAUAUUGACUUUGUCAGUCACACCGACUAUACAGUAUUAACGUACAAUAUCAUUCAAUCUGAGUUUACAGUAUCUGCUGCACACGAUGUCUCUCCAGUCGUAUGUGGAGCAAAUCCGGCUGUGCACGGUUCUAGAAGACGGCGCAGAUCAACUGGCCGUGCUGGGUCACAUCAUGCCUGCCACGUACGAGGGGCGGCCUGACGCUGACUCGGUACUCUCUCACCCACAAUUGCAGGAGAGGGCAAAGCUGGCACAGGUCACGGGGGCACUGCAGAGGACCCAGGUGGAGCUGAGCCGCAUGCUUGAGCACAACCCCCUGACCCCCGAGCACCUGGUCAAGGUGCAAAGAGACAGGCAGUUUGCAGCACAGGUGAUCUCCGACGUCCUGGCUGAGCUGCAGGAAAAAGGCACAUUCCAGAGCUUGCUUUUGGCUGUCCAAGCGGAAAAAGAGAGGAAGGCACACCUCCACGACAUCAUAGUCAGGGAAGAGGAGGGCAGACGCAGAACCAGAGCUCUGCAGAGACAGCUUUUGGAUAUCCGCAAAGAGAAAGAGCUUGAGCUGCAGAAGCGGGAGGAGAUGAUCGCCCACAUGAAGGACCAGCUGCAGGAGAUGAAGGCCAAAACUGGGCUGGAGGGGAAGUAUGUGAAGAGCAGCGCGGAGCUGCAGGUGUACCAGGGCCAGAAGCUCAAUGGACACGCUGAGCAGCAACUGCAGGAGCAGAUCCAGCGGCUGCAGGAUAAGAUUGACCAGGAGACCCGCGUUCACAUCGAGAUGGAGAGCUUCCUGAAGGAACACCAGAACAGACUGGAGGAGAAGCUAGAGGUGUGGAUGGAGCGGUACGAGAGAGACAUAGAGGCCAAACAGCAGGAGCUCAACCUGCUGAAAAGCAACAAGACCAGCAACCUGACCCGCCUGCAGGAGCUCGCCAAGCAGUACAGGGAGUGUGAGCAAGUGGUGAUCGAGGACCGUGUGGAGAAAGAGAAAGCUCGGAAACAGAGGGAGCAAGAGGAGACGGAGCACAGGGCUGCAGUCAAGAUCCAGUCGUGGUGGCGUGGCACGCUGGUGCGGCGGGGUCUGGGCCCCUUCCAGAAGGGCAAAAAGGGGAAGGGCAAGGAGAAGGGUGGAGGCAAGAAGAAGAGAAAGAAGAAGUGAGGAGGACAACGAGGACAAGGACUAAGGAGACGCCAGGCAUGCCCACUCUGGUUUAUCUCACUCCUGGGGAGGAUGUGUGUGUGGGGGGGGGGGGACAUAAAGCACUGCUGUUCACUGAGAGUCAAAAUUAAAACUGCACUAAUACAUCUUCA